UGUCCGGAUUAUGGGAUGAUCGAUGAUUUAAUUUGCUUCACCAAGGAUGCUGUGAUAAGGAGUGUGCCACUGCAAGUCGGGCAGAGAGUAAUAGCUCACGUUGAAGAAGAUAAAAUAUCUCAUGGAUUUAGAGCAAUCAGGGUAGAAAGCAUCUGUGAAAAAUGGGAUGAUAACAACAUAAGUACGGGGGAUGCAAAUGUUAAAACACUCAUUGGCAGUAUUACAAAGUUCACUGGAGUUAGCGGCUACAUCAAUCAAACCUCUUUCUCUAUGAAGGUAGUUUGUAAAGACUUUUAUCCUUGUAAAGGAGAUUUGGUGCAAGCUGAAUAUAUUGUCGACCCAACAACAUGGACAAGUGAAGCCAUAUCUGUAAAGCCCUUACGGUUUAAAAGAAUUGACAAGGUUCAUAUUUCCAAUAUGUAUGGAAGAACUGGUGUUAUAGACAACAGUAUAUAUUUCAGUCUGGAUUUUCUGACUCUUCCUGAGGAUUAUUUACCCCAUAAAAAUGAUCUUGUCAAUGUUGUGGUUGUGGAGAGUAACCAGUCAUGUUAUAGUUGGAGAGCAUUUUGCAUGGCUCCAGCAGACAAAAAUCGGUAAUGCAACAUAAAUCUCAAUGAGCCAAAUGAAAAUUUAUUGAAAGAUAAAGAAGGACUCGAAGUUUCAAAAAUGACAAAUUUUGGAAAAGUCAAAUUAGGAGCGAGCAAAAAUAUGGAAAUCUGGAUAGAGAACAAAGGGGAAACAGAGCAUUCUUUAAUUAGCUGCAAAUUAUGUGGCUGGGAUAAAGAGAAGCAGUUCUGUCUUCAGUUACCAGAAAAGAACCAGGUGUGCUGGAAAACAACAUCAGCAUUGACUGUCCCUGAUGCAGGUGAAUGUACAUAUCUAAGCAAUACUGGAGAUUGUAAUAAUUCUACAAUUGAACAAUCUGAAAGUCUAAUCGUUGAAAAACAAGAAUGUGAAGGAGAAGAAACCACAGGACAUAACAGAAGCAUAUCUAUAUCUUCUGGGAGCAAUACUUCUAUAACAGUUGUAUGCACUGCAAAAAAUCCUGGCCGCUGCAAAGAACUUUUGUUGCUGUGUUUUUCUGACUGCGUUAUUGGUCGGUACCUUGAAGUGACUGUAGUAACGGAAGAAGAGUCAUUGAUAAAAGCUAAUGAGAUGUAUUCUCAGAGACAAUGUAAAGUCAGUUUUGAACCCCAGAUCACAAAAACGACAGUGGUUUUACCACAAUUGAAAAGAAAGUCAAGAAGACAGCUGCCAAACUUCCUUCCACAGUACAAUAUUCCAGACAGAAUAAGAGAAUGUGUGGAAAAGAAAUCUGAUAUAUUGGUUUUUUAUCCGGAACUUGGUGAGGGUUUAACGCUACUUAACUAUAAGGCAAACUUUUCUACUCUUUUGUGGCUUGAAGAAAUCCAUUCAGAGAUGGAGCUAAAGGACUUUGCCAUGUGUGGGGUCAUUUUGAAAAAAAAUGGAAAUUUCCUAGUACUUGAAGUGCCAGGGGUCAUGGAGGGCCGCCCUUCAUUAUUCCUUGGUGACAAAGUGAUACUGAAGACCCAAGACUAUUCAGAGGAGGUAAUCCAUUAUGCUGCAUAUAUUACUGACAUUCAUGAUGAAGAUGUUACCCUUAAAGUCAACUCAGAUUUUGAGCAGGCAUAUAAUUUUCAACCUAUGAAUGUGGAAUUUGUUCAUAGCAGGAUAACAACCAGGAGAUGCCAUCAUGCAGUAGAACAAGCCAUCAACUUAGGAGCAAAGGUUUUGUUUCCUGAUGCUCUUAUUUUGCAAUCACCACAAAUCAUGCAGCAGCAGCAUGAGUCAGGAUAUUCUUCCAGCAUUCCAGAACAAAGUGUUACCCAAGAAACUGAGGAAGAAAGGAUGACAAAGGAAAAAGGAAUACCAGAAAAUGAAAAAGCAGUUGUUUCUGAUAUGGUCACUACUGCCACACAAAGAAUUAAUAGAAUUCUAACUUGGAAUAGACAAGACGGUGACUUUUUCAAUCCUCUGCUGAAUGAGCACCAGAAGCUUGCAGUGAAAAGGAUUCUUAAUGGUGAAUGUCGUCCAACUCCUUAUAUCCUAUUUGGGCCACCGGGAACUGGCAAAACUGUCACAAUUAUAGAAGCAAUUUUGCAGAUAUAUUAUAGUUUACCAAGCAGUCGAAUAUUAGUCUGUGCACCAUCCAACAGCGCUACAGAUCUUAUUUGUGUACGACUUCAUGAGAGCAAAUUGUUAAAACCAGGAGUUAUGGUCAGAGUUAAUGCAAUCAACAGAAAUGAAGAGAAUAUUAAUGAGAUAAUAAAGUGUUACUGCAAAGCUGGAGAAGAUAUUCACGAAGCAUCUCGGUUUCGAAUAAUUAUUGUGACAUGCAGCAGUGCAGGAAUGUUUUACCAGAUAGGAGUAAGGCUUGGACAUUUCACACAUGUAUUUGUGGAUGAAGCAGGGCAGGCAAGUGAACCAGAAGUCCUCAUCCCUCUGGGAUUGAUUUCAGAAGUCACUGGGCAAAUCAUACUUUCAGGGGAUCCCAUGCAGCUAGGUCCAAUAAUAAAAUCUAAGAUUGCAACGCUUUAUGGAUUAAACAUCUCUUUGUUGGAGAGGCUGAUGCAUCGCCCUUUGUACCUGCGAGAUGAGAAUGCUUUUGGUCCCUGUGGAUCAUACAAUCCUCUGUUGAUUACAAAACUUGUGAAGAAUUACAGAUCACAUGGUGCAUUGCUUACAUUGCCAUCCAAGCUGUUUUAUCACAAGGAACUAGAAGUCUGUGCUGAUCCUUCAGUGGUAAACUCUUUGUUGGGGUGGGAAAAGCUGCCAAAGAAAGGCUUUCCACUGAUUUUUCAUGGAAUGAGGGGUACGGAAAUUCGUGAAGGCUGCAAUCCUUCUUGGUUCAAUCCUACAGAAGCAGUUCAAGUGAUGCGCUACUGUUGCCUUCUUGUUAAAGGCAUCAAUUCUACAGUAUUAGGGAAAGACAUUGGAGUAGUUGCACCUUAUCGAAAGCAGGUAGAAAAAAUCACAAUUCUCUUACGCAGUGUGGAUCUAGCAGAUAUUAAGGUUGGCUCAGUAGAGGAAUUUCAGGGACAAGAAUUCCCAGUGAUCGUCAUAUCAACAGUUCGGUCAAAUGAAACUUCAUUCGGUGAUGAAAGACCCUUUCUAGGUUUUCUUGCUAAUUCAAAGCGCUUUAAUGUAGCAAUUACCAGACCCAAGGCUUUGCUCAUUGUUGUGGGAAAUCCUCAUGUGCUUUCCAAAGAUCCCUGCUUUGGUGCUCUGCUGGAGUACAGUCUAAUAAAUGACGCUUACGUUGGUUGUGACUUGCCUCAAGAAUUUGAAAAUCAGAAAAAAGAUCUAUAUUGA